AUGAACUCGCUCGAGUGGGCCUACGCGCUCGUCGGCUCCCUCGGCUCCAUGGUCUGCGGCUCCUUCAGCGCCAUUUUCGCCUACAUCCUCAGCGCCGUGCUCAGCGUCUACUACGCGCCGGACCCUCGCUACAUGAAGCGUGAGAUCACCAAGUACUGCUACCUGCUCAUCGGCAUGUCCUCUGCGGUGCUGCUGUUCAACACGGUGCAGCAGGUGUUCUGGGACACGGUCGGCGAGAACCUCACCAAGUGUGUGCGCGAGUCGCGAGAAGAUGUUCGCUGCCGUGCUCUGCAACGAGAUCGCCUGGUUGGACGCCGACAAGAACGCUAG